CAAUUAACCAGCCGAGGGGCGAUUAGGAUCACUUGGACGCCGAAUGUAAUUUUGGAAGGAGUAACGACACCCUUGGACCCCAUGGUCUACCCAAAAGAUAUAAACUUUAUUUCUGAUGAAGAUCAUGACUCGGCCAGCGUUAGUGCAAAGUUUGAAAAUGGCGUUCUCACUAUCACUGCUCAGCCACUGCGGAAGCCUUCACCAACUCCACCGGCCAUUCUACAAAAUCAAACCAUGGAUAAAAAAGGAGUUGAGGGGAAAAGUGAUGGUGGCGCACCGAUGCCACAAACCACACAGAACAUGAAUAGAAAUGAAAAUGAAUCUAAAAAGGGAGUCGAGGCGGGAAGUGAUGGUGGCGUUCUUAAAGAUGACACAGCACUAAAAACUAAACAGAU